GCCCCCCGCUCCUGACCUCAGCAGCCUGUGAGAAACGGUCAGGUGCUCUGCGGAAACCUCAGCGCUAACUUCUCCCGUCGCUCCUCGGGAGUCUACAGCAACGGCAACGUAAGAGCCAGGAUGAGGCGGAAAGAGAUCAUCUGCAGCUGGAAGAAAAGCACCAGUAAUAUCAGAGAUGUGUUUGACUUCAAAGGGAAAAUGGGAUCGGGGGCCUUUUCCGAGGUUUUUAUGGUGAGAGAGAAGAAAACAGGAAAAAUGUACGCCUUGAAAUGUCUGAAGAAGAAACACCUCGCUCAUAGCAAUCUCGAAAAUGAAAUCAAUGUACUGAGAAGGAUACAGCACGAUAACGUGGUGGGACUGGAGGAUUUCUAUGAGAGCCAAACGCACUAUUACCUGGUCAUGCAGCUGGUGUCAGGUGGGGAGCUGUUUGAUCGCAUUUUAGAUAAGGGGGUUUUCACUGAGAAGGACGCCAGCACGGUGAUACAGCAGGUGCUGCAGGCUGUCAGCUACCUGCAUGAAAACAGCAUCGUACACAGGGACCUUAAGCCUGAGAACCUGCUGUACUACAACACAGAUGAGAACGCAAAGAUCAUGGUGAGUGACUUUGGCCUGUCGAAGACAUUAGAGCACGGUGUGAUGUCCACAGCCUGCGGUACGCCUGGAUAUGUUGCCCCUGAGGUUUUGGCCCAGAGACCCUACAGCAAAACAGUGGACUGCUGGUCUAUCGGAGUUAUCACCUACAUCUUGCUCUGCGGCUACCCUCCAUUCUUUGAAGACAACGAGACGCGGCUGUUCUCAAAGAUCAUGCGAGCUGAGUACGCUUUUCAUUCACCUUUCUGGGACGACAUCUCUGAGUCAGCCAAAGACUUCAUCAGGAAUAUGAUGCAUAAAAACCCCACAAAACGCUUCCUCACUGAGCAGGCACUCAGACACCCAUGGAUUGCUGAAAACACGGCUAAAGACGUGGACAUUUCUCAGUCUGUGUGUGAGCAGAUGGAGAGAAGCUUUGCCAAAUCCAAAUGGAAGCAAGCCUUCAACGCAGCUUCAGUGGUUCACCACAUGAAGAAACUGCAGUCGUCCCAUUCCGAGCCCCACCUCCUACUUCCCUGCAUGACCACCAUCACAGUACAGUCCUCCUCCCAGGAGAACCUGAAGGUGCUGGGACCGUGCCUCGAUGAGGCCGAUGCCCUCGACCCGAACGAGAACCUCUUCCAGGUGGCCAGUAGUCCGUCCUGCAGUAGUGCUGAGUCGUUCAGUCACAGCGAAUCAAGAGAGGGCAAAGACUUCCUCUCAGAGCCGGUCGCUACUUUCAGGCCAUCCAAGAGUGCGGACAAAGUGUCUAAGAGGAAGGACCCAUCCAUUCAGUCUGGAGUGUGUUCUGCCAUGUGAUUGGCUGCCUAACCGAGAUGAAUCCCAUGAAGGUAAAGAGGCGUCUCUCAGAUGAUGGUUAGAAUACUCUUUUAAACCAACUUGUUGACAUUAAUAACUCAUUUUCAGAAAUGUGUCUUUUUUAUUACAAUUGACGGCACUCAUAUUAUAUGGAGCUGUUGACACUCACACGCUUUUUCCUGCCUGCUGCGGUUCACACACAUGCAGUAUCUGCACUGUAAAAACACUUUCACAAGCAACGCCUGUUUAUCAUGGACAGGAAGAGAAACAUCAGGAAUUCACCCUUUAGAAUUCAUACAAUUUGUCUUAUGCUGAUUGUAUUCAUUUUUCUGUAUAUAACUGUGAAUAUGUUACUAUGUACCAUAACAUUUAUUUGUUUGCAUAAGAUGAUUAUGUGCGAUAUGCAAAUGUUUUACGGGUUCUAUUUGACUGACAUGGCUGUUAUGAGUUAAACAGCUUAUACAUUUUUAUAAGCUGAAACAUUUUACAGACUCUGAAACUUCACACAUGUCAUUUGUAUGCCCUGUAUGUCUUUUUAUAAUAUUCCUAAUGUAUAUUCACUAUUGGACUGACAGAAUUUGUGUGUACCUUUUAACUCUUAAACAUUGCAAAGGAGAUUUUCAUGAAAACAAUAAUAUGCUGGAUUAUUUUCAUUUUACAAAAGGAUGAUGAAUGUUUUCCUUUAUGAGAUUAAACUUUAUUUUGAGGUGAACCCUUGGCACACAGAAAGGUGUUUGCUGGGUUUUCUGUGAUAUGUAAAUGAACUGCUCUGAACUCAUCAAGUGCCACACGCUGGAGCAAAUAUCUAUCACCACUGCUGAUGUCAUGGACUAUUCUGAAUGAACAGACAUGUAGUGACAUUCUGUUUGUGUUAUUUAUAUGUAUGUAGUGCUUGUAUUUAGUCCCAUGCUGGCCUCUCCCAUGAAGCUCCAACGCAUACAUCAAAGUAAUAAAAACCUUUAUUUAAAUACUACAGGAUUUUGCACAAACAAUACAUGCAAUACAGAGAAUAAAUAAGUUAACAUUCA